GAUCACUUUCAUCAGGUCUGUUUCUUUUCUCCCGCAGAAUGUGAGAGAUGCGACCAACCGUCCACUCACUGAGUUCAUGGCUCCCUGUAUUGACUCCCUCCCACCACUGGCUUUCACCAAUCGGAGGCCUAUACCAACCAUGUUGCAUCCCCCCUCUCCAUUGGCCAUACGCGCUCAGGAUGCACAGCGGUUCAUUGUAUUUUCCUACUUUGUCCCUGCUGAGUGCCCAGUUGCCACAGAGGCCACUGGAGAUGUAUCUGCUGGGAAAAGAGAGGACUUAUCGACAGAUACACAUCUUUCCUCAAUGCUUCAUCGAUACCUGCCACACUUCUUUAACGAUGACUCCAUUCCACCACAGCAGACAGAGGGAACCACUGAGGUCUCAGUUGCUCCAGUGGCAAUAUCUAAUAUCAAGGAAGAGGACAGAUUCUAUCCUUUCUCCCUUCCACCACUGGCUCAGCGGUUCAUUGGCAAUUCAUUCAAUGUCCCGGAAACAUCCCAGCUUGCUGUUUCAGCCACGGAGUGCCGAGUUGCCAAUGUGGCCACUGCAGGUACAGCCACUGUCAAGAGAGAGAACCGAUGGGAAGCUAGAAUUCUUCCUUCAGUCCAGACACCAUGCCUGCCACCAGUCUUUGACGAUGACUUCAUGCCUCCAGAGCACACAGUAGAGGAUGCCUAUGAGGUCUCAUUUGUUACAGAGGCCACUUCAGGCACAGCUACUGUUGAUGGAGUAGACAGAUCAGCAGCUAAAUGCCCUGUCCCAAUGCUGCCUCCAAGUCUGCCAGGUGUCUUUGACAUUGACAACAAACUGUCAGGGGCAGCAGCAGAGGGAACCAACAAGUGUCCAGUUGCCAGUGAAACAACCUAUGAUGUGUCCACUCACCUCAAAGAGGACAUGGCAGCUGAUCAAAGCCCUCCUGACCCUGCAGCACUGCCUCCAAGCUCACCAUGUAUCUGUGACUCUGACCACAAACUGACCAAGGAGGAAAAAGAGGAUGCCACAGAGUCCUCCCUUGCCACAGAGAUCACUGCAGGCAAUUCCAUUGUCCAGGGAGAGGACCUGGAUAAAAUCCCUGCUCCAAGGCUGCCUCCAAGCUUGUCACACAUUUUGGACAAUGACCAUAAGCAGCCAGAGGAGACGAUAGAGGGCGCCACUGAGUGCUCAGUCGCCGCAGAGGCAUCAGUUGCUAAUAGAGAGGAUCCAUCGGCAGCUAACCCUCUUCACACAGUGCUGCCUUCAAGUCUGCAACUUGUCUUUGACAAUGACUACAAAUGGCCAGCGGAGGCAGUAGAGGGCGCCAGCAAGUGUCCAGUUGCCAGUGAAUCAGCCGCUUCUGUGUCUACUGUCCUCCAAGAGGAGUUUUUGACUCAUAAAAGUCCUCCUGCUCCCGCAGCACUGCCUCUAAGGCUCCACUGCACCCACAACAAUGACCACAAACAGCCAGAGGAGACUGUUAAGAACACCACAGAGUGCUCAGUUGACAUAGAGGCAUGUGCAGUUGCAUCCACUGUCAAGAGAGAGGAACUGACAGGUGAUAAAAGUCCUGUCCAUGCACUUCCUCCAAGCCUGGAAUGCAUCCAUGACAAGGACCACAAGCAGCCAGAUCAGAAAGGGAGGGGCACUACUGUGGAGUUGGAUAUCUGCCCUCACGCUCACCAGCUGGUCUCAGAUGCUAACUUAACUCUGGCAACCCGCAAUGAUGAGCUGCCCACCCCUCUGAUCUGCGUGGUCACUAAGACGCCUGUUAGAGUGGGAGCCUCCAUAUGCAGGUCAGAGGAUGAGGAACCCAGGCCCUGGACCCUGGAAGAGGCAAAGGAUUAUUGCAUUGGCAUUGAAAUUGAGAGUGAAGAGAGGAGCGUCAAGGAGAUGAGCCCGAAGGAGGGAUUGAAGCAUGAGGCAGACUGUGCCCAUUCCAAGUGCUCCAAUGGGAUGGUUUCAUCAGAUAGAGCAGUGACCAUCCUGGGAAGAGUGGGCUUUCUGGUCAUGAACCCCAUGAAGAAAAUCCCGUUUUUGAAGAUGAAGGAAAAAGAGGAAAAUAAGAAACUGAAUAAGAAGUUGAAAGAUGAUGAGAAAGAGAGAAAGGAGAUGAAAGACAAGGAGGAGGAGCAAAAAAAGAGGGAGAAGAAAGAGAUGAAUGAGAGAGAGAAAGAGCAGAAGAAAGUCAUGAAGGCUGAGAAAAAGAGGGAGAAGUUAGAACAGAAAAAGAGUGAGAAGGAAAGCAAAGAGAAGGAAAAGGCAGAGAAAAAGAGGUUAGAGGGGCUGAUGAAGAUACAUAAUGCCAUGAUGAAAGACAGAAUUAAGAAAGAGAAGAAGUGUUAUGAGGAGCUGAAAAAGAGAGAGAAAGCUCAAGCUGAGUUCCUGGAGAUGGAGCGAAAGAUUCAAGUAAAAGAGGAGAAGAAGAGAGAAAAGAUGAGGAAAGAGGAGAGGAAGAGACUGGAGAAGAAGAAAAAGAGGGAGCCAGCUGGAGGUGGAACUGAGAGGGUGAUAGAAGUGCAGGGAAGGGAUGAAAGCUUGAAGAUGGAUGAGUAGACUGGGUAAUAGA